AUGUUUUGGAUCCCAGUCCAGAUCGGGGACGUGGAGGUCAAGGCGAUUGUGGAUACAGCGGCCGAGGUCACCAUUAUCUCCCAGGAGAUCCAUCAACGGUUGAACCCACCACCCCAGGUGAUACAACACAUAACCUUAAGCACGGCGGGGAAACAAAUGCACCUUACGGGAACACUGGUGGGCCCCAUCUCCUUGCUGGUUGCGGGACGGGAAUACACUGUGGGAGUGUAUGUGGCGCCUAUUGCAGACGACAUGUUGCUAGGGCUCGAUUUCAUGAAAAGAUACGGUGUUAGUAUAGCCCUAGACAAGUCUCAAAUGAUAUUACAGGGACAGGUGAUUCCUAUGAAGCUAGAGACGAAAGAGGAGCCUGACCCUAACCUAGCUCCGUGCAUCGCUAAGGUAGCAGUGUCCCAAUACACUGUUAUCCCACCACAUUCAGUGGCCAGGGUCAAAUGUGAAAUGGACAAAAGUAUGCCCCAGUGA